ACCCUGCACGAGCGGCCAGACGGAGCCACCUGCUUUUCUCACCCACCAUUUCCAUCUCUUUCAUCAGCGUCGACGCAUCUGGAUCCAACUUCUGAAUUGCUUUUCAGAGGACAAUGGACACAAAGAGUCAAUUAGGGGUCACUGAGAAAAUUUCUUGCGAAAGUGUUGACAAAUUGGAUAAGAGUCCUUGUGACAUGGAAACCAAGGACAUCCCUCAUCUUUCCUCACCACCAUCGAUGGUUGCUAAUGAUGGUUUAUCUUUGAGUCCCAUAACCCCAGAUUCCAACAAAGAGAAUGCAGACUUGAUGUCUAAUUUUACAUCCCCGUUGACAUUGGUAGCUUCACCUCCGACCACAGGCUUCUCUUCUCAACCAGAUCAGAGUGAAAGUGGUGAUGAUAGUUGUAUGAAAGUAGAUGAUGAGAUUGACAGCCCCUGCACCCCAAAAGAGGGCGUGUUUGAUCCAUUUGCCCCUGGUCCUGACAAGCUAAUGCUGGCUCCUAUUGGUAUGAAACAUCUUGAAGAAUCUCGGAGUUUUGUUGCAAGGAGGCUUAAUUUUAGUUCUGUUAUGAUAAAAAACGAUUGUGAAAAGGUUUGUGAAAGUGGGUUUGAGGAUGAUAUGUUGUUGGAGGCUGUGUAUGAGUCUCUUUUGGAAGCCAUAAUUUGUAAGCAGGCAGAGGAUAUUGUUGCAGCAGUUGAUUCUUCUUGUUGUUCAAGUCCUGAGACACCCCCUUGUGCUCCUCGUCUCACUGGUACUGCAGAAACAUGCCCUGGUGCUCCUUUGAAGGCUGUGAAGAAAUCAAGGAACAUUGAGAUGAGUUUGUGCAGAAAGCUUGAAUUUGAAUUUUAAGUAUGAACAUAAAUAUGAGUAGUGAUAACCAAAGGCUAACCUUGAUUUGCUUCUAGAAUUAGUUACUACAACUUUAUGGGUAGGCAAGAACUUGUUUAGUUUUGUUGUUAAAAAGCAAACUGAUUCUGAUGAUAUCUCUAGUCUUUAAGUUGAGGGUGUUGUCUGUAUGGAUCAUACUUUAUAAAGUAUUUGUUGC